AUGAAAGUCAAGCAAAAUGCGAUGGGAAGCUCCCAGAAUGCAGCCAAUGCGUCCUUUCCGGUCACAAGUGUGAUGGCUAUCGAACAGACUGGAAAUUUAUAUCACACACUCCGAUACACUCGUCUACCCCAGAAGAGCAACAUGACGAAGCUAGAACUGUUCAAGAUAAAGACCAAGUGA